ACACACACACACACUUACACCCGCACGCACGCACACCCCCUUUCUUUAACUUCCUCACUUGAUUUGGUCAUUACAGCUCCUGUCCAAAGGACCGUCUGCGUUUCCUGGUUGCGCAAGCGACACAAUGACACUGACACGGUUUCGGGAGGUUUACCGCGGGAAGUAAAGAAGCAGUGUGAUCGAUGGGCAGUCGGAGGUGGUCGUGGCCGGUGCCAAGAUGAGUGCUGAGGUGCUGCUGGAGGAGAUGCUGACCAAGCGUUCACAGCAGAAGAAGAGAACUUCCCCUCUGAACUACAAGGACAGACUGUUCGUGCUCACCUCCACUAGGAUCAGCUAUUACGAGAGCAGGGCUGAGAAGAGGAACAGGAAGGGCUUUGUGGACCUUAACAAGGUUCGCUGUGUGGAGAUCGUUAAGAAUGGUGGCGGAACCAUACCGUGUCACAACAAAUACCCCUUCCAGGUGGUGUAUGACUCCAGCAUCCUGUAUGUGUUUGCCCCCAGCCAUGACAGCAGGAGCGUUUGGGUCCAGAGCAUCAAAGACGGGAUCAGGCUAAACACGGAGGUGCAAGCCAAGUUCCACCCCCAGUUCUGGCAGGAGGGGUUGUGGCUCUGCUGUCGCCAGGCCGACAAGCUGGCCCCCGGCUGUGAGGAGUACAACCUGUUAGGAGACAUUUCCAGGAAGCCUCUCCCCCCUGUUCCUGAGGAGGACAAAUUCCGCCGCCUCCCACCUCCUCCCCCCCCAGGUCUGGGCAGCAGCCUGGAGGAGGAGGAGGAGAGGGGGGGGGGGGAGGUGUUGGUGGUGGCGCUGUAUGACUUCCCGAGGGCGGAGCCUCAUGACCUCACCCUAGUCAAGGGAGAAGAGUAUGUCAUCCUGGAGAAGUGUGACGUCAACUGGUACAGGGCCCGCAACACACACGGGGAAGAGGGCUACAUCCCAAGUAACUACGUGACAGAGAAGAAAUCAGAUGACCUGUGUCAGUAUGUCUGGUACAGUAAACAGGUCAACAGGAACAAGGCUGAGGAGCUUUUGAGGAGAGAGGAUAAAGAGGGAGGCUUCAUGGUUAGAGACUCCACCAGUGCUGGAGCCCAAACCGUGUCACUCUACACCAAGUCAGGGGAGGGCGGAGCAGCAGUCAAGCACUACCACAUCAAGUGCACCCAGAGUCAACAGUUUUACCUGGCCGAGAGACACCUGUUCGACACCAUACCUGAACUCAUAGAGUACCACAAACACAAUGCUGCAGGACUGGUGGCCAGGCUGAGGUACCCAGUGGGGGAUCAGGACAUCCCUGCCCCCUCUACUGCAGGCUUCAGCUACGAGAAGUGGGAGAUCAACCCCAGUGAGCUGACCUUCAUGAAGGAGCUGGGCAGUGGGCAGUUUGGGGUGGUGCGUCUGGGCAAGUGGAGGGCUCAGCACAAGGUGGCCAUCAAGGCUAUCAGAGAAGGAGCCAUGCUGGAGGAAGACUUCAUAGAGGAGGCCAAGGUCAUGAUGAGGCUCUCCCACCCUAAGCUGGUGCAGCUGUACGGUGUGUGCUCCCAGCAGGACCCCGUCUACCUGGUGACUGAGUUCAUGGAGCUGGGCUGUCUGCUCAACCACGUCAGGCAGCACCGAGACACCCUGGCUGCAGGCUCCCUGCUAAGCUUCUGUUUAGAUGUGAGCGAGGGCAUGGAACACCUGGAGCACCACGGCUUCAUCCACAGGGACCUGGCAGCCAGGAACUGUCUGGUGAACGCUGCUCUGGUGGUGAAGGUGUCUGACUUUGGCAUGGCCAGGUAUGUUCUAGAUAACCAGUACACUAGUUCGUCAGUAGCCAAGUUCCCAGUGAAGUGGUCUCCUCCGGAGGUGUUUAACUACUGCAGAUACAGCAGCAAGUCAGACGUCUGGUCCUUCGGGGUGUUAAUGUGGGAGGUGUUGACCAGGGGCAGGAUGCCGUUUGAGCAGAGCCCCAACCACCAGGUGGUGCUGAUGGUGUCCCAGGGCCAGCGCCUCCACCGGCCCAAGAUGGCCACCGCCGCUAUUUACCACAUCAUGCUGCGCUGCUGGCACGAGAAACCAGAAGAAAGACCCUCCUUCUCACAGCUAUGUGAACUGAUCUGUGACUCCCUGGAAGUGGAGGGGUCAUCACCCUGAACCGACCAAUCACACACAGGGACCCACACAACUGACCAAUCAGAUCAACUGUCCCAGGUUUCAGAUGAUGAGACUCAGGCUCACCCAGCCGAUGGUUUGGAAUGCUGGAGCUAGUGGGAUAAUGUAGAACCUAUUCUAACCUUCCAGAAUCUACUGUAGAAGUUAUCUCUUCCUGUAAAGAUAGAUGGCAACAGACACGCUUGUGAAUGAAUGAUUUGAUUUAAUUCCUUCCUUCCUUAAUUAACCCAUUGAUGUAUUCCAGUUGGUAUCUGGGACUCUAUACCUCCUAACCAAGUCAUGUAUACCUCCUAACCAAGUCAUGUAUAUCUCCUAACCAAGUCAUGUAUACCUCCUAACCAAGUCAAGUAUAUCUCCUAACCAAGUCAAGUAUAUCUCCUAACCAAGUCAAGUAUAUCUCCUAACCAAGUCAUGUAUACCUCCUAACCAAGUCAAGUAUAUCUCCUAACCAAGUCAAGUAUAUCUCCUAACCAAGUCAAGUAUACCUCCUAACCAAGUCAAGUAUAUCUCCUAACCAAGUCAAGUAUAUCUCCUAACCAAGUCAAGUAUGCCUCCUAACCAAGUCAUGGAUGUGUUACUGUGUGUCUAGUUGUCUUCAAAAGCUUCUGUAACAUUGAAUGGUUGUAUACU